UUCCAUUUUGGGGAGGGGAAAAGCCUCAGCUCGUUUAAGUAGCGGUUUUGUUUGGCUCCUCGCUGGCUUUUGUUCUGCUUGUCGACCUCAAGAAACCCCGUGGCUACUUAACAGCUCCUAUGAAAAAUAAUGUGUUUCUUCACGAUGGACCAAGCUCAACGUGUUGCAAACGAAAUGAAUCACGGCUGCUACAGCGCUUCGCUGUGGGAGGACAUGUUCAGCAGUACCGCCGCCAGACUCUCUUCAGAUUCUGAAUCAGAAGGAGGUGAAGCAGAAGAUGAUAGCGACUGCAUUACUUUGGAGAACACUCCUAGUUUGCAGCUGUCUUCAACCCAAGACGAGGAUGACAAAGAAAGCUUUGGACUGGCGGCUGAGGAGCUAGAACAAUCUGUAAAACCACGUUGACUUACGUCAUCAGACACUUUGAUGAGAACGGUGCAAGACCCCGCUUGAGGAAAAAGAGCCAACGGCCACAGGAUCCCCAUUUUAUCAGCAGUGAGCAACUCCGCAGAGUUUUGGAGUUAAUAAAGAACUACGCAGAGGAUCACGCCAUCACGCUGCCUGGUCACAGGGAUUGGCAUGUGAAACUACUGCCAACACAUGUCUCAAAGGCCUCAGUGUGGCAUCUCUAUAUGAAGUCUGCUAAGGAGCUUGCUUCGAGGCGCUUUGGACCCAGCUACUCCCACACAUAAGAAGCUGUAGGCCCCUGCACCGGUCUCUGCUGGCAGUGCCAACAGAAUAAUGACCAGCUUAUAGGAAGUGCAAACCUUCCAGAGGAGUGGAAGACUGCAGCAAUCAAGAAGCAACAGAAUCAUCUUCAGCUUGUUCAAAAAGAGAGGGCCGUCUACAACGAGAUGACUGCUGCCUGCAAAAAGAUCAACUGUCUAUCGGCCCCUCCCGACCUUCAAGUAAGAUGAUCAGGAUGCACUACAGCUUUGACUUUGCACAGCAGAUGCACUUCCCCUCGAACCCACUGCAGCCUGGACCAAUGUACUUCUUGACACCACGGAAAUGUGGACUUUUUGGUGUCUCUUGUGAAGGCCUGCAGAAACAGGUGAAUUUCCUUAUUGAUGAAGGCAUGUCAUCAGGGAAGGGGAGCAAUGAAGUCAUCAGCUAUAUGCACCACUUCACUCAUUUUGGAGUUGGAGAAACUGAUGUGGAUCUUCACUGUGACAACUGCACUGGGCAAAAUAAAAACAAUUUUAUGUUGUGGUGUGGCGCCUGGCGGGUCGCACACAAGCUUCACUCCACACUGAAUAUCCACUUCCUCGUUGCUGGCCACACCAAAUUUGCCCCGGACUGCGGCUUUGGGCUUAUCAAACAAGCAUACAAGAGGACCAGGGUAGUGGAAAACAGCUCGCCAGAAAGUCGCCUCAACAUCCCACAGCUGGUUGGACUGGAAGAUGGCACGGUGUUUGUCAACAUGUUUUAUUGGCAGGCACACCUGAAUCCCUACUUCCGAAAGCUCCCACAGAUCAAGAGUUAUCAGCACUUCAGCUUUGAUGCCAAAAGACUUGGUGUGGUCCUAGCUAGGACUCACAGCGACGCAGAGCCUGUUAGCUUUCAGCUGUUGUGUGACCCGGACGUUCUACCCCCUGUCGACUGUUUUCCUGCCCAGCUUGCACCUGGGCUGGCCACGGACAGACAGACUUAUCUUUAUUCAAAGAUUAGGCCUUUCUGUUCCGAUGAAGCGCAGGACAUUACAUGCCCAGCACCACAAAGCACAACACAGAAUGGCACACAGAAGAGGAUGAUGGUGUGACACUGUGACAUUGGCGUUUUGGCAAUUUGUAAUGUGUAUAAAGUUGUAAAUAAAAAUCACAUUUGUGACAUGAUCAAAGUCAA